AUGUCAUCGACUUUGCACAAUGCCAUCGUUAUCCGUGAGCAUUUGGCUAAAAACGAAACGAAUACCAUCCAACAACCACCGAAUUCAACUGAUUUGGCUCCCUGCGAUUUUUUCCUAUUCGGUCGACUCAAGAAACCGCUCCGCGGAACACGUUACGGCACCCGAGAUGAGGUCAUGGAAAAAUCGAAGAUGGCUCUGAUAGCUCAAAAUUAUACAUUACGAGGGAGGCCACAAAGAGGUGACAUUGGGGGACCACCCAGUGGAGACGAAAAUGACGAAUUUGAAUAUGACGCUGGAACUCCAGGAAUUGCAGGUCCAAGGGGUCAAACUGGAUUUCCGGGCAUUGAAGGUCUUUUGGGUCAAAAAGGUGACAAGGGUGAUCCUGGACCUCAAGGACCACGAGGAAACAAAGGAGAUAGGGGUAUGACUGGAGUUCCUGGAUAUCCCGGAAUCAAUGGUGUUCCAGGAGCCCAGGGUCCUCCAGGCAAUCCAGGUCUACCUGGUCGUGACGGAUGCAAUGGAACAGACGGUUUCCCAGGUCUUGAUGGACGUCCCGGGGAACCAGGUCCAAGAGGUCUUCCUGGAGCUCCAGGGCCCAAGGGAGAUAAGGGACAGUCAGCUUAUGUAGGAGUGAUUCCUGUUGGAGAAAAGGGAGAACCUGGACUUGAUGGAGUUCGAGGUCCUCCUGGAAAUCCGGGACCAGAAGGACCCCGAGGUCCUCCUGGUGUCAAAGGAGAACGUGGACAAUACGGUGCACCGGGACCUGCGGGACCAAAAGGAGAUAAGGGUCAUAUGGGGCUUGGAUUCGAAGGACCUAAAGGAGACAAGGGCCAGAAGGGUCCACCUGGACGUUCUGCCCCUAUUUUAGAAGUUACUGGAAAUCCAGCUUCUUCGAAAGGCACGCCUGGAGAACCAGGGCCAAAAGGAGAUAGAGGUGAUAGAGGAUCGGAAGGACCAAUAGGAGAACCAGGUCCUGCAGGAGAUUAUGGAAUACCUGGAGUCGCUGGAAUGAAAGGAGAAAAGGGCCUUCCUGGAGCUCCAGGAGUUCGAGGUAGGGAUGGAUUUUCUGGUCCACCAGGUUCUAUUGGUCUCAAGGGUGACAGAGGUUACGAUGGAUUACCUGGACUUCAAGGACGGGAUGGAGCGAAAGGAGAACCAGGAAACGAUGGACCUAUGGGGAUUUCUGGUAUUAGAGGUCCCCCAGGACCACCUGGCGGUGGUAAAGGAAGACCUGGACCACCAGGCGAGAAAGGACCUCGGGGAUUCCCAGGUCCUGUUGGACCUAGAGGCUCGGAUGGAUUCCCAGGAACACCCGGAAUUAGAGGACCGAUUGGUAAUCAAGGAGGUCCUGGAAUUCCAGGAAUACCUGGUCCUGAGGGACGUCCAGGUGAAAAGGGAACGAAAGGAGAAUCUGGUCUACCUGGUUUUCCUGGUGAAAUUGGACCUCGCGGAUUUGAUGGACCUCCAGGUCCUGCUGGACUCAGAGGACCUGUUGGAGAAAAAGGACUUUCGAUCAUGGGACCAAAAGGUUUGGAUGGUUUUCCUGGAAAUGAUGGGGCCAAGGGACAAAAGGGAGAAAGAGGUUAUCAGGGUGUGAGAGGACGUCCUGGAGAUUCUUUGGAAGGAAUACCUGGCUCUCCUGGAGCCCCUGGAAGAAUUGGAGAAACUGGACCAAGAGGAAAAGAUGGUAUGCCUGGAUUCCCGGGCAUACCUGGAGCAAAAGGAGACAUUGGAGGACGUUGUCAAGAUUGUAGACCUGGAUAUCCUGGUGUUAAGGGAGAGAGAGGAUUGGAUGGACUUCCUGGAGUUCCAGGACUUCGAGGCCCAGCUGGAGAACUUGGACCACCUGGUGAACCUGGAAUUGAUGGAAAUCCUGGACUUCAAGGACCUCCGGGACUUCCUGGAAAAGAUGGUUUGCCAGGAGUGCCAGGAGCACAAGGAGAACCGGGUACACCAGCACAUGUUUCGCUAAGCCAACUAAAACUGGAAAAGGGUGAUAAGGGAAUUCGAGGUGAUACUGGUCGAGUAGGUCCUUUCGGUCCCGAAGGACCUCCUGGAGAAAAAGGGCAACAAGGUUUCGCCGGAUUCCCUGGUACCAAAGGAGACGCUGGUGACCGGGGAUUCCCUGGACUAGAUGGUAAGCCUGGCAGAGAUGGCGAACCCGGAUAUAAAGGUGAAAGAGGAUUGAGUGUUAAAGGAGAGCCUGGAGAACCAGGAAGACCUGGAGUACAUGGAGCAAAAGGAGAUCCUGGUCCCGAUGGAGUUAAGGGAGACGCAGGUGACUGUGCACCUUGCAAUAUUACGGAUGGAUUAAAAGGUGAUAGAGGCGAACAAGGAGAAAAGGGAGAACAAGGAGUCGCUGGUAGGGAUGGACUUCCUGGAGAUAAAGGAGACCUAGGACCUGAGGGAAUUCCUGGACCAGUUGGUUCCAUGGGACCCCCAGGACCUCCCGGAAUUAGAGGAGAGCCAGGACCCAGAGGGGAAAAGGGAGACAUGGGACCAUUUGGUUUCCCAGGUGACAAGGGUACAGAGGGUCCAAGAGGUUUCCCAGGUCCAGCGGCUCCUAAAGGUGUUAAAGGAGAACCCGGAAUAUCUAUGAAAGGUAGCAUUGGUUUCCCCGGCCCUCCAGGCGUAAAAGGAGAGAGAGGAUUGCCAGGACCACCAGGAAAAGAUGGACCACAGGGACGACCUGGUUUGACAGGAUUCAGUGGAGAAAAAGGAGAUACCGGAGAACCUGGAAUAGGUGGUCUUCCUGGAGCACCUGGAGAAAAAGGAGACACUGGUCUAAUUGGGCCCAAAGGACCUGCUGGAGUGCCUGGAAUGCCCGGAAGCGAAGGAGUAAAAGGUGAACCUGGAUUGACUGGUGAACCCGGUAAAGUAGGUCUCCCUGGAUUCCCAGGCGCAAAAGGGGAUAGAGGCGAAGCCGGUAACGAUGGAUUUAGAGGAUAUCCAGGACGACGAGGACUUCCUGGCGUUGCCGGAAUUCCUGGCGCAGACGGGCUUCCCGGAUUGAAGGGAGAAAGAGGACCCAAAGGAGAUACAGGAUUCCCUGGACUUCCUGGAAUGGAAGGAAAGCCUGGAAGACCUGGUUUCUCUGGACCCAAAGGAGAUUAUGGAUACCCAGGUCCCACAGGUUUACCUGGACCUAUUGGCUACGAAGGAAUUAAGGGAGAUACAGGACCUCCUGGUUUCCCGGGAAGAAAAGGAGAACCAGGACAGGUUUCUGAAAAGGGACAAAAGGGUGAAGUUGGUAUGCCUGGAAUUCGUGGUCCGAUGGGUCCUCCUGGUAGAGAUGGAUUGGACGGAAUAAAGGGAGAACCUGGACCGGCAGUAUUUGGAUUGGAUGGUGCGCCUGGAGAGAAGGGAGAUGCUGGACGCCCUGGACAACCUGGUCUGGAUGGACUUCAAGGAGAAAAGGGUGACACUGGUGUUACUGGAUUCAUUGGACCAAAAGGAGAUACUGGAUAUCCUGGACAACCUGGAGCACCUGGAAUACCGGGAAUCGAUGGUUUGCCUGGUGAGCCUGGUGAAAUUGGACCUCAAGGUCCACCAGGAUUCCCAGGACUUGAUGGCGAGGUUGGCUUACCUGGAAGACCUGGUCUAGAUGGACUGAAAGGAGAUAGAGGACCUAUAGGACCUCCUGGAGUCAUUGGAGAGUUUGGUUUCGAAGGAGAGAAAGGAGAUCGAGGACCUCCGGGUUUGACAAUAGAUAUCAAAGGAACCAAAGGUGAACCUGGACUUCCUGGUCUCCCUGGAGAAGAGGGAAUGAAGGGUGAUAGAGGAUAUGAAGGAGCUGUUGGUUUCACCGGUGAAAAGGGUGAGAGAGGAGAACAUGGACUCAUUGGAAAUCCUGGACCUCCUGGUGCACCUGGCCUUAAAGGUGAACGAGGUCCGGUAGGAGUUUCUGGUCCCCCGGGAGUAACAGUGAAGGGAGAAAAGGGAUUGCCUGGACUUAUGGGUAAACACGGAAGGGAUGGAUUCCCAGGAAUUCCUGGAGAAAAGGGAGAACAAGGAUUGCCUGGACUGCCUGGAGCAAAGGGAGACCGCGGACCGUUUGGGCCAAUUGGACCCCAGGGCGAAAAAGGAGAUUUAGGACAUCCUGGACCCUCUGGAUUACCUGGGCGUGAAGGUGCUCCUGGACUUGAAGGAAUGCCUGGACUGCCAGGAGAGAGAGGACCUAAGGGAGACCAAGGGCCUCCUGGACUGUUUGGUGCUCCUGGGCAAAAGGGAGACCAAGGAAUUCCAGGUUUGGAUGGACUUGAUGGCAUUUCUGGUGAAAAGGGUGAUCGAGGCUGGGAUGGUCCAGAAGGGCCUCCAGGUCAUCCAGGCGAGAAAGGUGAUAAGGGAUAUCCUGGAAUUCCUGGAGUGGUGGGAGCAAUUGGAUAUGCUGGUAUCAAGGGAGAGAAGGGUGAUGACUGUGAGACUAUGCCACCUGGACCUAAAGGAGAACGAGGUUUUCCUGGGGCACCUGGACAACCUGGAUACCCUGGAGAGAAAGGAAAUGUAGGAAUAGCUGGAUUCCCUGGAAGGGGUGGUGCUAAAGGUGAAAUUGGAUACAUUGGUUCCCCUGGAUCUCCUGGACUCCCUGGAAAACCAGGUCUCGAUGGUCCUGUGGGUCCACCUGGACUUCAAGGACAGCCUGGAUUCCCAGGUUUGAAGGGAGAACAAGGUGCACCUUGUGAUAUUACUCCAGACUAUUUGACUGGAAUUUUGUUAGUCAAACACAGUCAAAGUCAAUCUGUUCCCACUUGUGAACGUGGUCAUAUCCAAUUGUGGGAAGGUUACAGUCUUCUCUUUACUGACGGAGAUGAGAGAGCUCACUCUCAGGAUCUAGGUUAUGCUGGCUCGUGUGUAAGAAAGUUCUCGACGAUGCCGUUCCUGUUUUGCGACGUCAAUGACGUCUGUCACUAUGCCAGUCGGAAUGAUCGUUCUUAUUGGCUCUCCACCAAUAGUCCAAUACCAAUGAUGCCCGUGGAGGAUACGGGUAUAGAAGAAUACAUUUCCAGAUGCGUUGUAUGCGAAGUGCCAGCAAGUGUAAUAGCAGUGCACAGUCAGUCCACAGCUAUUCCAGAAUGUCCGAACGAUUGGUCGAACCUCUGGAUUGGAUACAGUUUUAUCAUGGCAAUAAAGUGGAUUUGCGCUUCCGAAAACUGGUGCCACACAGCGAUUUCCGUUGAGAGGAGCGGCGGUACUAAAAGGGGCGGAUGUGUUCACUCAAGCGUGACGAACAACAGAGGACCGCUCUGCGACUUUAGUAACGCUGAGAACAAGCACUAA